UCUUUAAGCCCAACCCACAUCUUAUUUGAAAAAGACAAGAGUCAAGAAUACAUUCACCAUUCUCUCUCUCCGCCGAAUUCGACGGCGAUCGCAUUCCGUCAGUCUUGAGAUCCUACCAGGUUGAAGCCACAAGAACUAGAUGGAUUGGCAAGGACAGAAGUUAGCAGAGCUGCUGAUGCAGGUUCUGUUGGUGGGUUUUGCAGUGGUGGCAUUUGCAGUUGGUUACUUUCAGGGUUCGUUUAAGACAAUGUUGGUGACAUAUGCUUAUGGUGUGGGAUUUACCACUUUAUUGACUGUUCCUAGCUGGCCUUUCUAUAAUCGUCAUCCUUUAAAAUGGUUGGAUCCUAGUGAAGCCGAGAAGCAUCCGAAACCAGUCAUUGGUAAUUCUGUUCCUAAGAAGAAAGCUUCAGCCAAGAAGUAAGGUAAGGCAGGUGGCUAACUUAAGUUUUAGAGUUAAAAACAGUCAGUUUUGAGUUUCCCAAAUGUAAGGACUUAUUGUUUAGCAGAAAUUUGGAUUCAUUUUGAUUGGUUUCUGGGAAAAUCAAAGCAUGGAGGAUAUUUUUGUGUCGAUUUAUCAAAACAAUUAUGAUAAUCAUAUAUAGUUAUUAUUUUGUUA